CCGCACAAAAACCUCAAUUCUUAAACCCUAAUAUUUGCAGUAGUUGUUUCUUCUUCCUUUCUUCGCCAUUUCCCCCCCUUGUAUUGGUAAUCAUGAUGAAAUUCAAAACCCCACAAAAAGGAAGAAUCAGAAGGGAGCUUGAAAAGCGUGCUCCGAAAUUGGUUGAAACUGGGAAGAAGACUUUGAUACUACACGGUACGAAAACAAGCCAAGUAUUGAAUGAUGUGAUGACCGAAAUUUAUCACUUGAAGAGGGAUAAUUCUGUUAAAUAUACCCGGAAGAAUGAUAACAUUAGACCAUUUGAGAGCGGGGGCGAGACUUCUCUGGAGUUUUUCUCUCUUAAGACAGAUUGCAGUCUUUUUGUGUAUGGUUCUCACUCCAAGAAGCGCCCUAACAAUCUUGUUCUUGGACGAACCUAUGAUCACCACAUUUAUGAUCUUGUAGAGGUAGGAGUGGAGGAGUUCAAAAGCAUGAAGUCUUUCAAAUAUGAUAAGAAUUUGGCUCCUAAAAUUGGGUCAAAACCCUUUUUCGCCUUUAUGGGAGAAGGAUUUGAGAGUGUUGAAGAGUUGAAACAUUUGAAAGAAGUUUUGCUCGAUCUAUUCCAUGGCGAGGUUGUGACCAACUUGAACCUAGCUGGAUUAGAUCGUGUAUAUGUAUGUGUAGCUGUGUCACCAAAUAGGGUUUUCUUCACACAUUGUGCAUUACGUCUUAAAAAAUCUGGCACAGUAGUUCCAAGAAUAGAAUUAGUGGAGGUUGGGCCAUCCAUGGACUUGGUAACUCGGAGACAUCGUCUCCCUGAUGACAGUUUAAGGAAAGAAGCCAUGAAAACUUCUCUUGAAAAAGCAAAGAAGAAGGAGAAAAAUGUUGUCAAAGAUGCUAUUCAAGGAAAACUUGGGAAGAUUUACAUUCCUGAUCAGAAGGUUGGAAGUGUGGCACUGCCUCACAAAGCCAAAGGAGUUAAAAGGGAGCGUCGAGAAGCUAAGUUGAAACAUGGAACAACAGAGGAGCUGCCCGAGGAAAAGAAGCAGAAGCUGGAUUCUGAGUGAUUUUUAUUCGACCCUUCUGCAGUGUGAUGCCUUAAGAGGGUUCUCUCCUUGCUGGAUCAAAUCAAAUUUUGUUCUAUCUGCCUUUGUAUAAGAUAUAGGCACACAGCGUAUUUGGCUCUAACCCUCACUAAACGGAUGGUCACAGUAGGUUUCGGAUCUACUACGUUCAAAGUAGUCUAAUGCCGGGUGAUUGUUGUCAAAAGAUAUCAUCUGGGAGCUUUCUGACCUCAGAGCCAUAGUUAUCAUUGUUGUUUCGUUUUUUCUUAUGUUUGAAUGAAGUCCAUUUUAUGAAUUUUCCUCCAUUUGGUAUAUUAUGGAAUGUAUUUCUAGUUAUUUGGAAACAUCAGUACUAUAAAAAAUCUUAUUUAGUUAUUUUUAGUUCA